AUGGGGUGUUCUAGGGUAGUGGGUCUGGCUUUGCUGGUGAUGCUCUUCGUGGGUACGUCCUCCGCCACCAGAGUCCUUACGGGGUACGCCGGCGGAGGUCCCGGCCGUGGAUACGGAGUCGGAUACGGCUCCGGUUCCGGGUCAGGCUACGGCGGCGGUGCUGCGGGCGGCGGAGGCGGCGGUGGAGGGGGCGGUGGCGGUGGCGGUGGCGGAGGAAUUGGAAGUGGGUCGGGGUACGGCUCUGGUUAUGGGUCCGGAAGUGGCUCUGGGUACGGUUCCGGUGGGGGCGGCGGUGGGGGCGGCGGCGGCGGAGGCGGCGGUAGCGGGGGACCUGGGUCGGGGUCUGGCUAUGGCUCUGGCUACGGCUUCGGCUCCGGGCGUGGUGGUGGUGGCGGGCACCCUUAA